ACCAUCGUCGCGGACAUCCUCGAGCUCAUCGUCCUCGCCCUCGCCCUCAUCUGGUGAGUAGUCUAGAAUGAGAAGGACGGACUUGAAUUAGAGCUGAGAAGAGCGCAUAUACAGCCUCGUCAUGGCCCGCUGGCGCCUGCGCAUCCAGACCGGCGUCCUCGUGAUCCAGUAUCUCCUCUACGCUCUCUUUCUCGUCCAUUUCAUCUACCGCUUCAUUCACGACCUCUUUCUCGCCGCGCUUGGGUGGACGCACAGGCAAGAUCGGACAUGCGAGCCCGCGGCAGGACAGACAAUCUUUGUCACCAGUCAACAGCAGACCGUUCUUGCGAGACCGAUUGACUGGUCCCAGCUACACGAGGCCGCUGGCGAGGGCGUCAAUGGCGCAGCGGCCUUCUGGCUUCUCUUCGUCUUGCCUCUUUUCAUCGCCGUGCUGCUACUCAUGGCUGCCAACCUGCCCUGCUACGUCGGCGCGGUCCCGCUGCCCGAUCCAUGCCCGGACACGGUAAGAUACAAGCUAUGCUACAACGAAGAGUCGCAGAAAAUGGAGUUCCAGCGAGUCGACCACGCUGGCGGACCGCGCUUGCCAUCGGGCGAGCCGCUCUACGAGCUCGUCAGGGACAAGGACGGCGAAGGCUGGGCGGUCAGAGAAGCCACGGUGUCAACAAUCCCAGUGUUCGACCACAUUACUUUCUCGCCUUGGUACCGAUGAUGAAGUCCUCCCUCCGCCUUCUCCUCUUCCAAAAUAUUACCUCG